AUGUCAUUCACCAACUCUUCAGUGGUUCUCGCACCUCUCAGGCUUGGACACGUUCACCGCUUCAUUGAGGGUUCGUACCUUCAGUAUCAACCGCAGACCAUGCCGCACUGCACAAGUACUAGGCCGACCCAAACAAGGGCUCGUACGAGAUCCGGCAGAAGAGCAGAAGAUUACCAAAGCUCACCCCCGGAAUCUCGGCGUUACUCUCCUCCCCUGGACCGCGACUCCUAUUCUUCCCGAAAUGCAGACCUCUACAACUACCGGGGUAUAAGCGAUGGCCUCCUACGCAGCUCGCCCGAGCCAUAUGACAUCGACGACGAGAUUUUGUCUCCGACCGCUCAUUACAAUCCGGGUCGUCGUCUUGGAGACCACCAGCAGGAGCAAUACACACUUCCCACAUCCCCGGCUCUCUCGGACCACACCAGACCAUCAUCUCCGGUUCACGAAGCCUACCAUGCGGAUUCCAGAAGUAGCGAGACACCAGGCAGUCCUCGUGCUGGCUGGGAUCUGAUACCCUACUACGACCCAAAUGCUGCCAAUAGGGCAUCAUCCCCAGGUGCUUCUUCGGAUUCCACCCUCGUGAUCCAGCUGCCAAGGCUAACUGUCGAAUCCGACUCUCCUCCUCCUGCCCAUCGACAACGCCGCGAACGCCGUUUCAGAACCCGAAGCCCUUCCUACACCGACUAUUAUCCGCGCAGCCAGUCCCGCGCUUUCGACACGCGGAGAAGGGAUUCGAAUGAUACGCUCUCCUCCAGUCCCCGCCGGUAUUACUCCGCCGCCUCCCGCAGCCCCGACCCGCCGCCUCGCAGCUCCGUCUCCUACCGGCCAGCCCGGUACAGCCAGGCAGCCCCGGCUGCAGGACGAUCGUCCCGACGGAGAACAAGAAGCCGCGACCGCCACGCGCGGAGAAAUGACAACAACACCUCGGCGGUAAGGACCACCUACAUCUAUUACCCUAGCGGCAGCACCGUUCAGGUUGACGGCCCCGUCGAGUCCGACUACUACGAGCCGCCCAGCCCCCAGUACCCAUCCGGCCGUCACAUCAUCAACCUGGCCCCGAGAAGACUUCGACGUGUAUUCGGGCUCGAGCUACUCACUGUUCUGAACCUCGUUACGAGUAUGAGCAAGCAACCUGACAACAAGAACGCCAACAAGGGACACACGGGGGGCUCCACGCCCGCCCCGCCAGCUCUUCGUCGCGAGGCUGUCUCCGUCCAGGACCCUGUUGAGUACGGCAAGCUGAAACCCCACCCGGAUGACAAGGGCAACCUGAUGCAGUACAAGGAGGAGGAGAAAGCUAAGAAGUAG